AUGCAAGACAUUGCCGUGGUCGAGGUCAUCAACGGCCAACUGACCAUCGUAAGCGGAGAGCGCGAUCACCCAGUAAUCGUGCGCGUCAAGGUCCCAUGCAACCUCGCAAAGCAAAGAGACUACGGCGUCCCCCCCGCCCUCUUCUCAAACGGCACAAGCAGCAUCUCGAGAGAAUUCCCCAACACCUCGCGUCUGGAACUCCAAUUCGACUUCCGCAACCAGACAACGGGUUGGGAAGACGUGGGAGCUGUCGAGUUCGGGAACUGGAUCAGAGAUAUGGUCAAGGCGGCCCUUGCUCUGGAUUUCGCAACUCCUUGCGAUGUGUUUGUUGCGGUGACGGACUCUGCGAAUUUGUAUUCGGAUAGGGGCGGGGAUCUUGUUGCGCUUGGGAUGGAUGGAGAUGGAGGAGAUAAUCCCGCAGUGGUGAUUAUGGGAGCAAAGGGGAGGUUGGUACAUGUUGGUAUGACCAACUACAAGUAA